CCUCCAAAGUGGAACACUAUUUUUGGUACCAAAGGUAUUCCACAUGUUUUUAACUAUCAAUAUUGUUCUAUUUUUCCAGUACCAAUAAUUACGCUGGACUAUAAUGACAUAAAUCAACCCCGAAAUCCAUCCACUGCCAAGCCACAACCAACAAAAUACACAACUGGCAAAAAGUUUGAGUGCAAGCUGUGUUUGAAAUCCUUCUCUGCCAAGUGGAAUCUCUACAUACAUAUGAACAUUCAUAAUGGAGCGAGGCCAUACAAAUGUGAUAUAUGCGAGAAAGCUUUUGCCAACCCAGGGACACUAAAUCAUCAUAGAAAAACACAUUACAUGGGCCAAUAAUGCCU